GGCGCCCUCCGGAAGCUUUUCCAACUUUCCAGAAGUUUCUCAGGACCGGCAGGAGGGGGUGGGGAGAGCCAUAUAUAGAUCCCAGGCGCCGGGCCGCGGGCGGAGCGCAGUCGAUCCGAGAGCGAGAGGUGCUACGGUCCCGGCCAGACCCAGGUCCCCCGUACACACAGCCCACCUCGAAGCCAUGCGGUCCCUUCUCCUGGGCGCCCUGUGCCUCGCGGCUGUGGCCCUGGCUGCCGAGGUGAAGAAACCCGCGGCGGCUGGUGCUGCUGCGGCGGCGGCGCCUGGCACGGGAGAGAAGCUGAGCGCCAAGGCAGCCACCCUGGCCGAGCGCAGCGCGGGCCUGGCCUUCAGCCUGUACCAGGUCAUGGCCAAGGACCAAGCCGUGGAGAACAUCCUCCUGUCCCCCUUGGUGGUGGCCUCCUCGCUGGGGCUCGUGUCCCUGGGUGGCAAAGCCACCACGGCCUCGCAGGCGAAGGCGGUGCUGAGCGCCGAGCAGCUGCGGGACGACGAGGUGCACGCCGGCCUGGGCGAGCUGCUGCGCUCGCUCAGCAACUCCACGGCGCGCAACGUGACCUGGAAGCUGGGCAGCCGCCUGUACGGGCCCAGCUCGGUGAGCUUCGCCGACGACUUCGUGCGCAGCAGCAAGCAGCACUACAACUGCGAUCACUCCAAGAUCAACUUCCGCGACAAGCGCAGCGCCCUGCAGUCCAUCAACGAGUGGGCCUCGCACACCACCGACGGCAAGCUGCCCGAGGUCACCAAGGACGUGGAGCGCACCGAUGGCGCCCUGCUGGUCAACGCCAUGUUCUUCAAACCACACUGGGAUGAGAAAUUCCACCACAAGAUGGUGGACAACCGUGGCUUCAUGGUGACCCGUUCCUAUACCGUGGGUGUCGCAAUGAUGCAUCGGACAGGCCUCUAUAACUACUAUGACGACGAGAAGGAGAAACUUCAGGUGUUGGAGAUGCCCUUGGCCCACAAGCUCUCCAGCCUCAUCAUCCUCAUGCCCCACCACGUGGAGCCCCUGGAGCGCCUGGAGAAGCUGCUCACCAAAGAGCAGCUGAAGGUCUGGAUGGGGAAGAUGCAGAAGAAGGCUGUUGCCAUCUCCCUGCCCAAGGGAGUGGUGGAGGUGACCCACGACCUGCAGAAACACCUGGCUGGCCUGGGCCUGACGGAGGCCAUCGACAAGAACAAGGCAGACUUGUCACGCAUGUCCGGCAAGAAGGAUCUGUACCUGGCCAGCGUGUUCCAUGCCACCGCCUUUGAGUGGGACACGGACGGAAACCCCUUUGACCAGGACAUCUACGGGCGCGAGGAGCUGCGCAGCCCCAAGCUCUUCUACGCUGACCACCCCUUCAUCUUCCUGGUGCGAGACACCCAGAGCGGCUCCUUGCUGUUUAUUGGGCGCCUGGUCCGGCCCAAGGGCGACAAGAUGCGGGAUGAAUUGUAGGGUUCCAGGGUGGGCACGGGAUGGCAGGAAAGUAGCCGAAAGCUUCUGAGACAUAUGGGUGCUAUUGGGAAGGGGGGGUACCAGCCUUGGAUAUUCCACGGGGUGGGGGGUGGUGGCAAACCUGACUGGGGUUCCAAUGUGCCUGAGUGGACCGUCCCAUCCAGACUCAACUCCACUAGGGCAUGGGCCCCAGAUACCCCUGAUGAUGCCCAGCCUAGGGAUGCCACAAGCAGUGGGUCAUGGGCCACUGUCAUCCUGCCCUGCCCUCGGAGUCCUAGAUCCAAUCUGCCUCAGCCAUUCAGUGUUCAUAUUUAUGCCGGAGUCCUUUCUUUCUGUGAGACAAUCAGACUGAGUUGGGUUAGCCCAGCAUCCUUCUGUCACAUGCCCCCCCUCCCUCCAGCCCUUCCUGGCUCUCUCGCUCUCUCCCAACUUCCCUCAACCGCAAAACUCGGUGCUGCACCCUCAGACCAGGUACCUCCAGAAUGGCCCUACCCAGAGAGGGGGAUUGGGAGAUAGUGCAUAGAAGGGGUUCCCAGGCACAUCCUGCUCCCAAAAUGCUUUAUUUGGGCAUCAUGAAGAUGAAUUUCUAUUUUUUUUUAUUAUUUUCAAAAAUGGGGAGGAAAGGGGAGCAUGAGCCAUUUUUGCUGUCAAAAUAGGACUUAUUUGUACAAAAAAAUUUUUUCAAUAAAACUUUUCCAAUGAAACUUUGUUGGAGCAUGGAAACAUGAAAA